CGUUGUCCCAACGCGUUUUCCGUAGCUUCUGAUCUGACUUCGUUCCCAGUUUAAUAUUUUUACAUCUUAAAGCUCUGCAGGGAGUUAAAACUGACUCAAUAAUGGAUCUCCAACCUCCGCACCUCAUCGGUGACUGUCUUAUUCAUAUUUUCACCUUUCUGACCGAAGAUGACUUAAUCAACGCUUCUGUCGUUUGUAAGGAGUGGUAUGAGGCUGCAGAGACACCUUGGUUGUGGAGGAGGAUGUGUCUGCAGCGCUGGAGUUUCUGUAACCUUGCUGCCUUGGGAAGUGACGACGCCAAUCACUCUUGGAAGCGAUACUACAAGCAGCGAAGCCACCUGGAGAACCACAUGACACAAGGGAAGUCGGGAGAUUACACAUGCAAAAGCCUGAGGGGCCACACAGGCCGGGUGGUGGGCCUGGUGUACCUGCAGGCCAAUUCAAGCCUGCUGCCAGACCUCUCUAAGAGCAGUGCAGUUGUCUGCAGUGCUUCCACUGAUGGGACCCUUCGAGCAUGGAGCGUCCAAAAUGGUGAGAAAUUGUGGUGUAGUCCUGUGCAGAACCCUUUAACAGGGAUUAUAGCGGACGAGAAGAAGGAAGUUAUUAUCACUUCGGACUCUACUGGCCUCAUUAAGAGCUGUCAGGGCCAGACUGGCCAGGAGCUGGCUUCUUUCUCUACAGAGUCUUCACACUGCAAACUACUGCAGUUCAAUAUCAACAAUGAUUGGUUCCUGAUUGUUGGAACCCGCGGGGGGUCGAUUUGCACUCUGGCUGAUUUGACUUUAACUAAAAAGUCAAGUCUAAUGGUGUGUGACCCUUUUAGAGCUGACGUACUCCUAGUUUCACCUGAUAAGAAGUGGAUUGUAGCUGGAACCACAGAAAAUGUCGAUUUAAGCCUAAAGGUGAUUUACAGUGAAAGUUUGACCUCACCGUCUGAAGACGACGAUCCUCUGUGCCAGACUGUGCCAGUCCGUGGCUGCCAAGCUGCUGUCUUCAUACCCACCCAGCCAGCCAGACUGGCCAUCAUCCACCACACUGAGCUUAGAGGCAACAAAGCUCUCACUGUCUUCGAUGUCAGCAUAAAAAAGAUGAAGUACAAGACGGAGAUCCAAGUCCAGCAGGUGGAGUCCUUCUCCUUGGACCUGAACCACUUCAACUCCCAAAUCCUCCUAGAGGCCAAGAACAGUAACUGCAUAGUGCUUGCAGGUGGGCAGCAGCUGUUUGUGUAUUCUCUGAAAGGAGUCCUGCUUGCUAGUUUUACAGAUCAUACUAUGCCCAUAUCCUCAAUAUGUGUGGACAGUUUCCGCGUGGUGACAGCAUCUCAGGACCUUUCCUUACGAGUGUUGACAUGGAAGAACGACGGAGAUCUGGAGAGUCAGUACCACUUGCUAGGAGGCUCUCAUACAAUGUCCAGAGGGUUCACUCACGUCGCAUGUGACUACUCCAGCAUCGUGGCUUCAGUAGAAGGAAAUAAUGGGAAGGAUGUUCUUAAGGCUUACUCUUUCACAUCUUGAGAAUCGCAGCAUGGCAAAAAAAGACCAACACACGCUUUACAACCUUCUGUCAUAUGGUUUUAUUAUCGACUCUUAUGCUCUUUGGUGGAAUCACAUGUUGACGGUUAACUGGAAAGAAACAACCUGCGAUUUGUUUAUGUUGGUCAUAAAAUUGCAUGAGAAGGAUCUUUAAGCAUGCUUAAAGCAAGGGGCGAAUGUCACAAGGCUUAAGGCAGAAUGUUUUAAUGUAAAUAUUCACAUUUGUGCUUUGUUCUACCUAAUGCUAAAGAUGUUUUGACAAUAUAUUACAACAUAUAAAAGUAUAGAGUUCAUGUCAAUAAUGAUGAUGUUUUACUGAAGAUUAAAAGAAUCUGACCGUCCCAAGGCACAGAAGUAUCUAUUUCAUAACAGACUGGUUUAGUCAUGUCACAUGGAGUGCAGGUUUGGCUCUUUCCUCCUCCUCCUCCAUAGCAACGGAUCUCAGGUCCAGAAGAACACACCUCAGAACUUUUGUCAUAGACUCAUACAGGUUGCUCCCCUCCUCUGAAUUAAUUUUUAUCUGUAAAAAAACAUACACAAAACUUACAAAAAGCAGUCCACUUGCAGUAAAUACUUGCUGUAAGAUGAAGAGGGUUCAUAAUUUCUUACCCAGGUGAAAGCUUUGAUUGCUCUAUAUAGAAAAGCAUCUUCAACCUCCUCUGAUAUUUUCAUCAUGUGAGCCAUGCAGUUGAGUAUGCAUCUUACUGUUUCUUUAGAUGCCUGACAAGAAAUAAACAUCAGGGUUUAGGUUAGAAACAGAUUCUCUUCCAUUAUGAUCUGUAUUCAUUCACCACCGUGUUUGACCUGGCUCAGAGUGUUCAGAACAGUGUUUGCAUCGAUAUUGUCUGGACUGAGGGUUUUAGCAUCUUGGAUGGAGAUGAUUGGUUCUUUAAGCUGCUCCAGCCAUGCCCACAUUAUACCAGUCAGGAUGAAGGGAUCCCUCUCUGUGCACAGCCUCUCCCAUGCACUGCCUUGGUUCAGCUCCGCCUGCACACAGUUCAGAGCUCACAUCAGCUACUGUCAACUGCCUCAAAAAAUGGGGGGGCUUACAUUCAAUGUAGACAAACAGCUGUAAUUCAAUAAAUAAAAUUUUAAAAAUGUA